AUGCCCGUCAUGCGCUCCAUUGGGGCUGAGCACGGUAUAGCUGUUGACUUUACCGCAAAGAAACUCCAUACAAGGAACAGCGGAUCUGCCAUCCGGUGGGCGAAUGACCUUAGACGCAGGCCUGAGUGGUGCACCCACGCCUCCUUGGCCUCCACCCUAGCCAGCCACGGUGACGGGAGUGUGAAAAUCAUCCGUUCCGAAGGCUCGCGGUCUGCUUUCCCAGUGCAGAGGAACUUUGCGAUAGACAAACCAGCAACCGAAGGUCAGUGCUCGCUUGUGGAGUGCGUCCCUCGCACGAGGGGCUUCGUCCUGAUCGCUCGUCAAGGUACCACGCCGCCUAAGGUGGUUGCCGCGGAGCUACGCAUCAGGCAAUCCCCGAGGAGGUUGCCUUCUUCGGAGGGGUGUCUUGCAGCUUUGGAUUGGGCCGAUCCACUCAGCAAAAGAUGGAUUUGCCCCCCUCUGCCUCCCCAGAUCAUUUUGAGCGUCCGACCUCCUGGUGUGAUUCAAGACAACUCCACCGCGAGAGGCGUCUGGGGCAAUUUUAUGGUGGUGGAGGAUGCUGCUGGCGGGACAGAUUGCGCACUCCACUACCGUCAGGAACUAGGUGGCAUUAGUCUGCACACUAUUUCCCCCUACAUCUCCUGGCACUGCUGGCACUGGCCGCAGUUCAGCACAAUCAUCGAUAGCGCGAGCAGUGGGCGAGGACUCGACCCAGCUGUAAGAUUAUCAUCGCCCCUUGGUACUUUGGUCCGUGUGGAGGUUCAUACAUCGUAUCUCCCAGCUCCCCCCGAACAGCUCGGAAGGGGAAAGAAGAAUGAAGAAAGAAUGAAGACACUGGCAGUGCACAAACAUUCUGCUGCCGGGUUACUUCCCGUAACCAGACUCGCCCCAUCUGCGGCGAUGGACCAGAUUGACCAGACCCAGGAGAAAGCUGUCAAAUUGGUUUCGGCCACCAUGCCUGCGGCAUUCCACGGAGAUACAACACACACGGGAAUUUCCGAUCCAAUGAGUCAAACGGACCGAUCACUAACUAACCAUCAGCUGGAUCCCCCAAGUUUCAUCAGCAGCGCGAUCGGAGAAGAUACCAAUCAGCUCGUGCUGAACCAAGGCAAGCAACUAAGGAUCCUGGCCUGUGCCGGAUCUCAUCUACAUCUAUUCCGCCCGCACUACUUUAGUUCUAUCUGCGACAUCCUCUCCGGUAGGGUGAAUUUGAUUUUCUCUUCGGAUCCGUUGCCUCCAUCACAGUCACCUGCCUGCCGAAACAGGCAGUUCGACAGAUGCGCCAAGUUCCCGACCCAGUUUAGACUCCUGAUCGGAAGGAGAGAUCCUCCUUUAGGGCCACUAAGUCGCGCACUAAAGUACGGCGCACUAGGUACGGUGAUCCUUACCUUCUUCCUCUUUACGACGCAAAGAAGAGCCAAUUGUCUUGCCUCCGGGGUAUUCUCCCUUUCUCUUCAUUUGCCAUCAUCCGCGGCAAUGGCUGGCGUGAAUUGCAUGCGCAAUUCGCCUUUGGUUGCUUCUCCAACUCAUGACCCGGGGAUCGACGGGAAAGCUUACUUCAGGGCCCCAACCCAAGACCAUGGAAGAAGUGCUCCUGGAUUAAACCUGAAUGACAGGACCCGAGACAAUGGGCGUACCACCACCAGCAGAAGCAGCUAA